UAUCAUGAGAGCCUGGACUGUCCACGUCGCGGUGGCGGGUGAAGCCAUUUUUGCUUGUGAAGACUCGCAACCACUUGAUCGUUACUGUAUUCUCGCCAUUCUCCAUCGAUGCUCUUGAUCUACGCUUCCUCCCUUCGAAGCUGCGUUCCAAUCGGGGAAUGGAAGCCCUCUCGAGGCCGAUCAACCUUUCUCUCCAAUCGUAGAGUGCUCGCCGUUCGCCCCCUUGCCGAUGGUUCUGCUCCGCUCGAUUAUGAUCCCUCCGACGAGCUUCUUGGCCUUGAUGUGGCUCUGGCCCAAAGGGAUGUGAGCAAUGAACUACCGACGAAGCUGAGGUCUUGGUUCGGCCCCAAUGGGCAGUACAUCAGGGAGUUGCCUUGUCCAAGUUGCCGCGGCAGGGGUUACACGCCGUGCGCUAUGUGUGGAAUUGAACGAUCUCGAUUGGAUUGCCCGCAAUGCAAUGGAAAGGGUAUUCAAACUUGUCGGCAAUGCUCGGGAGAUUGUGUGAUAUGGGAGGAAUCAAUUGAUGAGCAACCUUGGGAGAAAGCUAGAUCUAGCUCUCCCCUUAAGGUGAAGGAAGAUGAAGAAGUUGAUGAGCUAGAACUUAAAGUCAAUACCUCGAGAAAAUCAAAGCGCAAAUAUCAGUCACCAUCACCAGAAGUCAGUCUAAAAAUCAGCAGAUCCUUGAGAAGCCUGAAUGAAAAAACAGGAUUGUUUAGUAGACGAAUGAAGAUUAUUCACCGUGACCCCAAGUUGCGCGCACAAAGAGUAGCUGCAAUCAAGAAAGCAAAACAGACUGCUGCAGCAAGGAAGCAAGCAUCUGAAACUAUGAAAGCGUUUUUCCGCAAUCCAGAGAAUCGGCAUAAGAGAAGCAUAGCAAUGAAAGGAGUGAAAUUCUACUGCAGGCAUUGCGGACAAGAAGGGCAUAGAAGACAUUACUGCCCGACGUUGACGAAAAUUUCAGGUAACAUUAGGUUCAAAUGUCGGAUAUGUGGAGAGAGAGGGCAUAAUUGCAGGACAUGUGGAAGAUCGAAGUCGAAGUUAGGUAGAGAAGAUGAUAUGAGAAAAAAUACUAGCUUUCGGCAAUGCAAAGCUUGUGGUGAAGGUGGCCAUGACCGGAGAAAUUGUCCCACACUGACCCUCAAAGAAGAAAAGUUUAUAUUAAAUCCCCUGAAAAAAUCCAUCUUACCUAAUUAUAACCAUGAUGAUGAUAAUAAAAGAACUUAUUUAUGUAGAUUAUGCCAGGAAAAGGGCCAUAACAUUCGGACAUGUCCUAAGAAAGAUCCUUAAAAAACAGUGUGGCAAAACACAAUGUUCCACAUCUCAUGCAUUGGGCCAUUUAUUGUUGACUAGCUGUGCAGGUACAUGUCAGGUUCUAAAUAAUAGUAAUAGUUUAAAAAGUUUAGAAAACACCAUACCUUUUAUUAGAUUUGAAUUUUGUGUUUA